GCAACUUAUAUGACGUCAUUUGGGAUAUCCCUCCAUAUUAUUCUGAAAAAUCUAAAAAUUCUCAACAAAUCUUGAUAAACAGUCAAUAUAGUAUUUAUAGAUGUUUUGUUUUGAUGAUAAUAAGGAGGUUAAUGCUAACCAGCACACGGAUGUGCUAUCUAAUACAGCUGUUGCACUACGGCAAACCGGCAAAGCAACCGUUACAGUGCUCUAAAGUCAUCAACUCAUGUGUUAGUAAUCUGUGCAAUAAGAUUGAUCCAUCUGUGUUCGACAUCAAGACAGCCAUCACAAUUGACUCUCAGAAGGUGAAUACAAAAGAUGCAUCUCAGAAUAAUGAACAAGCUCAAUCCAGAAGUAAAGCAGAAGAUUAUGAACGAUCUAAUUCAAAAGGAGAUGCUACAUUAUGCGAUACCUCAGUGCUUAAUACUGCCAGAUUAACAACUAAAGAUGAUACGCAAAAUAUUGUAACACUGUCAAGAAGCCAACUACCUGAAACGCUGUCUACAAAACCUGAUACUGAUCCACCAGAACUACAAAUCUAUAUCCAUGAAGGAGUCUCAAAACUAUCGACUGAUGACGUUGUACCUGGGAAGGGACCACCUCCUUUGCCCCCAGAAUUCUGUUGUAUGAGUGGCUGUGCCAAUUGUGUGUGGAUUGCUUAUGCAGAUGAACUCAAGGAUUAUUAUAAAGAUGGGGGUGACAAAGCAAAAGCUGAAAUUAUGAAAAUUGAGGACGCUAAUUUAAGAUCUUUCUUACUCCUUGAACUUAGUUGAUGAAGGUUUUUAAUAAAUGUGAAACAGCAGGGCUUUUGUUAGCAGCAACGUGCAAGUUGUUUUGUUCGGUUGUUUUUACCAAAAUUGUCUAUUUAUAUUUUUUUGGAAUAUUCCAACUGUUUCCAGUGAUUUUUUAAUUUAGAUUGUUCCCUGUUGUGAGUUAUUCUAAUGAAAUCCCUGCUUAUGAGCCAUACAUGUAGAUAACCUGAAGUUAACUCUAGUCAUUUGGAAAUAGUGAAAAAAGGUGGAGAUACAAGAACUUACAUUUGUAAGACUACAUGUACAUAUUAUAUACAGCAGUCUCCCUAGGAUUUUUGUCGAGAUGAUGCAAAAUUCUGGUUUUUCACAACUCAGACCAAAAUGGUCAAAAUAUGUCCAUUUUUCAUGGUUUUCUUCAUUUUCUAGUGGGUGCAAAUGGAUUUUCCGGUGGGUACAAGCCUGUUUUUGAAAUCUCAGGUGGAUGCUGUGCCCACUUGCUCUAAUGCUAGGGAGACCACUGUGUACAUGUAUACCAUGGCUUGGACCUGAUUAACUUACAGUGUAUUCUUCAAGUCUUUUUUCACUUACAUCAUGGGGACAAUGAGUCAAUGAAUGGUUUAGAAAUGAUGCACAAAGUUUUUGUUAACGACAACUUGGCUUACAAAAGGUGAUUUAUUAUAGUUGCUAUGGUAAUUUAAAUGAAACUGAUGUUAAAUUGUUUGAACUGUUGGUUCAAA